AUGUGGAGUAACAAUUUUCUCAAUGCCCUAGGGGCAAGAAACAAGCAAGGCUUUGUAAAUGGAACACUGCCUGUUUCAGAAGCAGAGGAUCCCCUCUACGAAUCAUGGAAUCAAGCAAAUAGCUUGAUAAAGACAUGGAUAACAAACUCUGUCUCUCCACAAAUUCUGGGAAGCAUUUCAUCUUGGAAGACAGCAAGAGAGGUAUGGCUGGACCUCAAGGAUACAUACUCAGUGGUCAAUGAGACCAGAGUCUUUGAAAUUUAUAGAGAGCUAACAAAUAUCAAGCAAAAAAAUCUGUCUUUGACAGAAUACUACACCAAAUUGAAGGCACUGUGGGAUGAGUUACAAGAAUAUGAACAAAUUCCUGCUUGUAAUAAGUGUGGAAAUUGUUCAUGCAACACAUACAAGUUACUACGGGUGAAGAGGGACAAGGAAAGGUUAAUGCAGUUUUUGAUGGGGUUGAAUGAUACUUACAGCCAUAUUAGUAGCCAGCUACUCAUGAUGAAGCCUGUACCUGAGGCAAAUAAAGCUUACAAUGCCCUGCUUUAA